AUGGCUGAUGAAGGCAAAAGGAACCAUCAAGAAAGAUAUGGUGUCAUUCCUUCUUCUGGAGAUGGACAGAUCCUAAUUAACACAAACAGUGUGAAGACUGUCUCCUCAAUCAUUUGUGCAGGUGUGGACUCACUUCCAGAGAGCAACGACACUGAAAUCCUUUAUCUGAACCCUCAGACACCAAAUUGGUCUCUUGUGGAGAAGUUUUCGGAGCUUUCGCCCGGAGAGGACUCAGGACUUCGUGGUGACCAAAACAAAGCUGGGCGAGAACUGUCACAAUACUCUAAAUAUAGUGAGAACACAGAAAUUAAUGGAUCUAAUGACAAGCACUUGGAUGCUGCGCAAAAGAAGAAAAGGAACUGCUCCCAACACCUUACCAGUCAUAAGAUACUAAGUGACGCCGCAGUCAAACCAAGGGCAUCCAAGCUGAAGGAGAGAAACGUUGAGGAUAAUUCUUCAGUUGAAGGUGGAGACAAGACCAAGAAAAAUAAUGUGAACAGUCAUCAUAUUAAGAAAUCCCUUAAAAAGUCUGCAGAAAGCAAGAUCCCUCGCCUUUUGGUGGCGAUGAAAAAGCGCGGUGAGGUCGACACGGAACAGCGUCCCUUCAAGUGCACACACUGCCACUGGGCUUUUAAGAAGCUUUGCAACCUGCAAAGUCACCUACAAACUCACACCGGGCUCAAGCCACAUGUGUGUGAUAUAUGUGGCAAGACUUACUCUCACCAGGGCACGCUGCAGCAGCACAAGCGUCUACACACAGGAGAGAGACCAUACCACUGCCCCUUUUGCGACAAGACUUAUAUCUGGUCAUCAGAUUACCGUAAGCAUAUCCGCACUCACACGGGUGAAAAGCCCUAUGUCUGUGACACCUGUGGGAAGGAUUUCAUUCGCUCCUCUGACCUGCGAAAGCACGAGCGGAACAUGCAUACCAAUGACAAGCCGUUCCCGUGCAAGCACUGUGGCAAGACCUUCAAUAAACCCCUCUCUCUGAAGCGACAUGAGCGGAAGCACCUGGGAGAGAGGCCCUUCUCCUGCCCUGACUGCGGGAAGACCUUUGCCCUGGCCAGUCGCAUGGCAGAGCACCAGAAGAUCCACACAGGAGUGCGUCCGUUUGCCUGCUCGGUGUGCUCCAAGUGUUUCACAAAGUCCUCCAACUUGUUUGAACACGAGGCCAUUCACAGCGGUGAACGGCCUCACAAGUGUACAGAGUGCGGCGUGGCGUUCGCUAUGGCCUCGCGCCUCGUCCGUCACCAGUACAUCCACAGUAAAGCGAAACCACAUAGCUGCACUGGCUGCAGCAAGAACUUUUGCCAGUUAGCCACACUGAAGCUCCACCAGGAGCAAACGUGUGCCGGAAGGAUAUUUGUCUGUGUUGAGUGCAACAAAUCCUUCCAGUGUGCAACAAAGCUUGCACAGCACAUGCUGAACCACAAGGACAAGAGUGUCUGA